ACCAGGUUGCUAUCAGGGAAGAGACCAACACAGAUGAAACCAAUAAAAGAUGAAGAAGGAAAUUUAAUUACGAAAGAAGAGAAACAAAGGAAACAAUGGGCCGACCACUUCAAGAAGCUCUUGAAUCGACCACCACCUGCACUUCGUCCAGAAAUACCACCUGCAGCCGCUGAAUUACAAGUGAACAUUAAUCCCCCAACGAAAAUGGAAGUCCUGAACGCCAUAAAGCUACUGAAAUGCGGGAAAGCAGCAGGACCAGAUGGAAUACCGCCAGAAGCACUGAGAACAGAUGCAGAGACAACAGCGGACAUGCUCACACCACUAUUGCAGAAGGUGUGGAAGGAAGAGAAGGUACCUGCCUAUUGAUUGGAAGAAGGGUUACCUUGUCAAACUGCCGAAGAAGGGAGACCUCAGUGCUUGCAAGAACUGGUGCGGAAUCACUCUCCUGUCCACCCAGAGCAAGCAAAAUAUUAAGCCGCAUCAUCCUGGAGAGGCUUAAAGAUGCACUGGAGUCAAAACUGCGACCGGAACAGGCAGGCUUCAGGAAGUACAAAUCAUGUGCAGACCAAAUUGCAGCGCUUCGUAUCAUCAUAGAACAGAGCAUAGAAUG